UUCUGCCACCCCCGCUGCUUCCGUCCCUGCCCUCUUCUCCUCUUGUAUCUAAUUCCUUAUGUCUUCUUAGGGCCCCAUCUCCUUUACUUCUAGUCAGUUACAAGUGUUGUUGGCUCUCUGGUAUACUGUUGACAACAAUAACAAUAAUAACUAAUAUUUGCUGAAAUCCGGCUAUGGGCCAGACACUGUGCUAGGUGUUUUAUAUGAAUCAUCUCAUUCAGUCCACCAUCGAGAGAAGUCACAAGACCUAGACUGGUGGUAGUGAGUACAGGGAGGUGGAAAGAGAGACUCUUCAAGGGCACAAGCAGGCUGUUUGUAAGCUGCAGCUCUCUGGAGCCCACCGUUGGGUGGAUAGGGUAGGGUCAGUGGGGUAGGGCUUGGAGGGCUGGCAAAGUCGUCUAGAUUUAAUCACUAUGAAGUAGGGAGGCAUUAUCCAUUCUUGAGCAGGAGAGUGAGUGGGAAGGGGCAGUGUUUGAGGCAGGUGAGUGGGGCAUCUGGAUGGAAGGGAGCAGAGACUGGAGGAUGGUGGCCAGUUAGGAGGCUGUCCCAGCAAUAAGGGCCUGCAGGGGAACCUGGAGAGCCAGACUGGGCCCGCGGCAUCGGAAGAGUGCGUGAAGGAAGCGGGGUGGGUGAGGUUUUUCCAAGGAAAUCUUGACAGGCCACGGUGACCAACCAGGAUUUGGGGGUGGGGGAGAGAAGAUGAGUCAAGGAUGACUCCGGGGUUCAGGCCUCUGUGACCGGGAGAAAGAACUCACCUUGCCAGGGACAGGGGGUUAGAGGAGGAGGCUGGCCUGGGGUGAGGCUGCUGAAUGCACUUUAGGACAUGGCGAGUUGGUGGACCAGUGGGACGUUGAGCCAAAAAUGUCCAGCAGACGGUUGGAAUCUGGGUCCUAGAGAGUGGGCUGGAGCUAAAGGUUUGGGGGAAGUCAGCUUUAUUCAAUUCAAGUAACCCACCAUCAAACCAUAUUCAGUUACAAACACGUACUGAGCAUCAACUACGCACCAGGCACUGCAGCAGAUGUGUUUUUGUGUGUGUGUGUGGUUUUUGUUUGUUUGUUUGUUUGUUUGCCUACACUGUGUGACUUGUGGGAUCUUAGUUCCCCAACCAGGAAAUUGAACCUAGACCCUCAGCAGUGAAAAUGUGGGGUCCUAAUCACUGGACUGCCAGGGAAUUCCCUGCAGUAGAUGUUUCUAUACUUGAUCUCAUUUAAUCCUCACCACAACCCAACAAAGUAGACAUUAUUAUUCCAGUUUGACAUACUGGAAGACAGAAACUAAAGCCCAGAGGGUUUAGGGAUUUAUCUAAGUGGACGCAGUACGUGCCUAAGGUAUGAUUUGAACCCAGAGCAUCUGACUCCAAAUACAGUUCUCUUUAUACCUGCUGCUUCCUCCAAACUCCUCCCAGAGAAUCCAAACCAACAUUUGCAAUGCGCUUUGAGGUUUACGAAGCAUUUUUCAUAUCUCAGUUUUUAUAGCAACUCUAUGGGGUAGCUGUCAUUUUAUCCUCGUUUUACAGACGAGAAAAUUGAGUAAUGACGAUCAGGAAGGCACUGUCCUAGAUAAAAGGGAGACAUGAGGGUAAAUAUGACAUGCUCCCAUGCUAAAGGCGCUAUAUUCAGGAAAGAAGUAUAGAUGUGUAUGCAGUGAUCUACAAUGCAAAACAGAGGACGGGUUAUAAAUAUUGUGACAGAGACACUAACAAAAAUUUAAUUGAACAAAAAAAAUUUUGAGCACCUACUAUGUGCUAGGCACUGGUAUCAGGGACACAGGACUCAGUCUGUGCUUGGAGAGCUCACGGUGUAGUAGGAAAGACAGUAAGUUAGCAUUUACCCUAUAGUGUGAGAAGAGCUGUGCUGGAGGCAGGUAGCUUGUAGGGGAGCCCAAGGGGGUGUCAGGAAAGACUUAUUGCAUGUGGUGAGGGACCAACCAGAGCUGAGCAGGAAAAAAAAAAGAAACAGCAGAGGAAAAAGGGAUUGAAGCUGGAGCAGAUGACGUUAUGAUUUGGGCUUUGAAGAACUAUUAGUAGGAUUUUAAAAGGGAUUCCAGACUGCAGACUGAAACAAGGGCUAAAAAAGAGCACUUGAGAAACUGCAGUUGACUGGGUGUGACUGGAGCAGAAGGUGCUGGGAAUAGUUUCCCCCCAGUCUACAUACCUGAUUUACACUUAACCUUGGGUCUCCUAUCUUUGUCCCCAUUUUAUAGAUGAGGAAACACUGACCCAGAGAGGUUAAGUGACUUUCCCAAGAUCACAAAGCUACUUUGUUGAUUCACGUGGAUAAUCCCAAGUUUCUGACUCCCCAGGUUCAUGGCUCCACGGCCUCUAGUGGGGAGGAGCUAUUUAAAGCCAUGAGAGUGGAUAAGCUUGGAGAGAGUGUGGCCAGGUGUCGAGUGAUACCAGCUUUGGCAUCAGACUGGCAGGAUUUGAAUUGAUUUUCCAAAAGUACUGGCUGUGUGACUUUAGGCAAAUUACUUAACCACUCUGAACCUCAAUUUUAUCAGCUGUAAAAGAAGACAGUAAUAGCAACUCGCAAGGUUGUUGUGAGAAUCGUAUUACAUAAUCAUAAUGCCUAGCACCUAGCACAAAGUAAGUUUUCAAUCAGUGUAAGCUGCUAUGAUUAUUACGUUAUUUCAUUGUUUUUAUUUAAUAGAGGAUCAGAGAGAGAAAGGUAGUUUCCAAGGCCCAAGCCUUGGGUAAUAAGCAGAAUUAGGCAGUAGGAACAGGAGGAGGCAGGCCCCUGCAAAGGAAAUGAAGGAGCCACAGGACGGGGUGGGGACAGAACCAAGUUCCUAUAGAGUUGGAGAAGCCAAGGGAGAGAGUGUGGCAGGCUGCAUCAAUAGUGCCAAAUUCUGCAGGGGAAUGAGGACUGCAGAAAAGCUGCAGACAUGCCCUGGCAGUACUGUGCAGCAGUUAAGUACAGGGCUUUGGAGUCAGAACGCCCGGGUUUAAAUUCAAAUCCCAGUUCAGCCACUUACUAGCUUAUGACCUUGGACAAAUUAUUUACCCUCUCUAAACCUCAGUUCCCUCAUCUAUAAAAUGAAGAUAAUAAUAGUAUUUAUUAUUAUAAUAGUGGUUGUAAAGAUUAAAUUAGAUAAUCCACGCAAAGAGCUCAGUCCAGACGCUGGCACAUUCCAAGGGCUCAGUCAACAUUAGGUGGUGGUGAUGGUAUUAUUAUUCACGGAAGAGUCUCUCCUUCCCUGCACUAAUACUUCCAGAUGUCUCCUACUCGGGUAAUUCCUACCCCUUAGACCCCUCCCUGAACUAUGCGUCCCUCUGCCCUUGGACAUCCCUCACUGUCUCCCAAAGACAGCCUCUCUCUACAUCCAGGCCCCUGCUUCGCUCAUCUCUCGGCCCUAGGUGGAACGGAGGGGAUGAGAUCCGGAGAUGAGAGAGCCGGAAUCCUAGGACCUAUCCAGAGAGGAUAAGGAAGUGUCUGGGGCAGUGGGCUGUUCUGCCCUCCUGUCCCUCGUCCCCCAGUGCUGCCCCCAUUCUACCGCCAGAGGGCAGCAAGUGCACGAAGCAUAAGCCCUUCGGGAACCUGGUUCUCCAGCAGGUGGCGGGCGAGAGGAGGAGGUGGGAAGAGGUUAGGGAUGAUGUCCCCAGUUUGAGGUCGCUUCUGCCCUGGGCGACCCCAGCUCCACCGUUCAGAGGAGUCACUAAGAGAGCAGUGCCUGACACCUGGGUACCUGGGCUCGGUCUUGCAUCCCUAGUAGGGGAAGUAACAUGUAUAAGGGGCACAGGGGUCGUGUGCAGAGGGAGCAGGGAAAGGGUCGUCUGCGGACUCGAAAGAGAAGCUGUCAGCAGAAGAGCGAGGGUGGAAGGGGUGAAAGAAAGGAGAAAGGUCCAAGCUAGAGAAACAGGGUCGGCCACUGGUAGGGAUACUGGACCCAGCAAGGGUCCCCAUUGGAGGAAGCCCAGUGGAGCAUCUGGUCAAUGCCCCGUCGCCAGGCCGAGAGGCCCUUCGCCAGGACCAGGUCUUUCUGGAACCAGUGUCUGGACAUGGACACCCCGUCCUCUCUUCUUUUCGCCCUAGCGCCCCUUCAAGCCUCCCGAGCUCCCUAUCCCCGCCCCCGUCCUCGGCCCCGCCUCUGGGGCGGGCUCCGGGCCGGGCCGGCGCCGCCUCCCCUUCUCCGGGCCGGCCCGGCCGCACAGCCCCGAGCCACCCGGGCAACGAGCGCCGCGUCCCCGGCCUGCCCGGCCCGGCCAGGCUCGGCCUCCCCUCCCGGGUCCGCCACCCCGGGCCAUGGAACCGCGUCCCCCGGGGUCCCGCAGGAUGGACCCUGUGCAGAAGGCUGUACUGUCCCACACUUUUGGGGGACCCUUACUCAAGACCAAGCGGCCCAUCAUUUCCUGUAAUGUCUGUCAGAUCCGCUUCAAUUCUCAGAGCCAGGCUGAGGCCCACUACAAGGGUAAUCGCCAUGCCCGAAGAGUCAAAGGCAUCGAGGCUGCCAAGACUCGAGGCAGGGAGCCCAGCGUCCGGGAAGCAGGAGAUCCAGCUCCCCCAGGCGGCACGCCCCCAAGUGGAGAGGGUGUAGCCCCCCGUCCAGUGACAGUUUCCAUGGAAAAUGGACUGGGUCCAGCCCCAGGAUCCCCAGAGAAACAGCCUGGCUCCCCAUCCCCUCCCAGUGUUCCGGAGACUGGUCAGGGUGUGACCAAGGGUGAAGGGGGGACUCCAGCCCCAGCUUCCCUGCCUGGGGGAAGCAAGGAAGAGGAGGAGAAGGCCAAGCGGCUGCUCUACUGUGCUCUGUGCAAGGUGGCAGUGAACUCCCUGUCCCAGCUUGAGGCACAUAACAAAGGUACUAAGCACAAGACGAUUCUGGAGGCCCGAAGUGGACUGGGCCCCAUCAAAGCUUACCCUCGGCUGGGGCCUCCCACUCCCGGGGAACCAGAGGCCCCUGCCCAGGACCGAACCUUCCACUGUGAGAUCUGCAAUGUCAAGGUCAACUCGGAGGUCCAACUGAAACAGCCCCCCACCCACUGGUCCCUGCAGCACAUUUCCAGCCGGCGGCACCGAGAUGGCGUGGCCGGGAAGCCCAACCCCCUACUGAGCCGUCACAAGAAGCCCAGGGGCGCCGGGGAGCUGGCGGGCACUCUGACUUUCUCCAAGGAGCUGCCCAAGUCCUUGGCCGGAGGCCUGCUCCCCAGCCCCCUCGCGGUGGCUGCGGUGAUGGCAGCGGCAGCAGGCUCCCCGCUGUCUCUGCGCCCGGCUCCCGCCGCACCUCUUCUCCAGGGACCGCCGAUCACCCACCCCCUGCUCCACCCGGCCCCCGGGCCCAUCCGAACUGCGCACGGACCCAUCCUCUUCUCCCCCUACUGACCUGAACCCUGAACCCCCUCCCGUUCAAACCCCCCACCUCCAGCCGGGACCCAGGCCUCCGGGCUCCCAGUCCGUCCCUCCUCCCGGCACUCCCUGAAUGAUCUCUCUCCUUCCCCCCCACCCCGAGGUACGGGGUUCCAGGAAAGGGGAGGGGUAGCGGGGGAGGGGGGCUUCAGAAGGGGGGGAACACCCCAGAUCUCAGGGAACCCCGCCCCCUGCCCUUCCCUCUCCCCUAGAAAAGGGGGGGCUGUCUCACCCCCGGGCCCCCUUGGAGACACCCCCUCCCAAAAGCCAUGUGCAUCCAGCCCUUCCCCCCCAAACCUAGCACAAAACGGGGUUCACAAGCCAUGAUCGGGGUCCAGGGGGCAGAAAUGGAUUUUCUUGGCAAUAAGCGGACUCUGGGACUCCGGCCCCCUACCCCCAAACUGAAGCGCUUCCGUGAACACCCCCGUCCUCCGCAGGGGGAGGGGAGCAGGCGGGAUCCUGGGUCCCUCAUAAGCACUUUGGUUUUACCGCCUGCAACCUCACUGUGCCCGCCCCGCAUCACGCCCCAGCCCAGGUCUAGCCGGGCCCACGGGCAGCACUUGGUGGCAUCUCUGGCACUUGGGUGGGACCAAGUAGAUGCCCCUAUAGACCCUUCCCUCACCUUCUUCCUUCCCAGUCCGGAUUCCAUUCUUUUCACCAGCACCCAUCGCCCAAGGGGUACCAAGGGGGGCAAGGGGUGUCCAGUCCAAGCCCACCCCCGCCUCGCCUUCCGCAAAACUGUGAGCAAACAGCAAUAGAAGCCUCGCCCCCGCCCCGCCCCUUUCCGCAGGAUUUGCAGCCUGUAGCCUACCCCAUCCCAGCUCCUAGACCUCAUGGCUGUCCCCUCCCACCAGACACCUCCACUGCACAACUCGGGCGGGGUCGUGACCUCCCCACCCCACCUUGUGGUUUCCGUAUCGUCAGUCCUUCCAGCACAGACCCGGGAGGGGACAGGCCCCCACUGGCCUUCCCCUCCCCAUCAACUCUUAAUGCUUGACGAUGUAGCAAUCCCGGCCCCCAGCCCACGUCUUUCCCUUUUCCCCCUCCCUGACAAUAAAAUCUGGAUUCGUUGCCCUCCGUC